GGACAGCGGGCCGCGCUGGCGGCGGCGAUGGCGGCGCUCAUGGAGAUCCAGAUGGACGAGGGCGGCGGCGUGGUGGUGUAUCAGGACGACUACUGCUCCGGCUCGGUGAUGUCGGAGCGUGUGUCGGGCCUGGCGGGCUCCAUCUACCGCGAGUUCGAGCGCCUCAUCCACUGCUACGACGAGGAGGUGGUCAAGGAGCUGAUGCCGCUCGUGGUGAACGUGCUCGAGAACCUGGACUCGGUGCUCAGCGAGAACCAGGAGCACGAGGUGGAGCUGGAGCUGCUGCGCGAGGACAACGAGCAGCUGCUCACCCAGUACGAGCGCGAGAAGGCGCUGCGUAAGCAGGCCGAGGAGAAGUUCAUCGAGUUUGAAGACGCCUUGGAACAAGAGAAGAAGGAGCUGCAGGUCCAGGUGGAGCACUGCGAGUUCCAGACACGCCAGCUGGAGCUGAAGGCCAGGAACUAUGCCGACCAGAUUUCCCGACUGGAGGAGCGUGAGUCCGAGAUGAAGAAGGAGUACAACGCACUGCACCAGCGGCACACGGAGAUGAUACAGACCUACGUGGAGCACAUCGAGAGGGCCAAGCUGCAGCAGGUCGGCACCAACGGCCAGACGGAGGGCGGCCUGCCCACGAGGAGCAGGAAGGAGCGCCCCACCUCUCUGAAUGUCUUCCCCUUGGCCGACGGCAUGGUACGUGCACAGACAGUGGGCAAGCUCACGCCUGCGGCAGACCACGGGCACUCGAAUGACCACAGCCAGCUGCCAGCCAGCUCCAGCUACCAGUGUCCCCAAGAUGAGAUGUCUGAGUCAGGCCAGUCCUCCGCGGCCGCCACACCCAGCACCACUGGCACCAAGUCCAACACGCCCACAUCCUCGGUGCCCUCAGCCGCAGUCACGCCCCUCAACGACGGCAUGCAACCCCUCGGGGACUACGGCGGCAGGAACGGCAAGCGGGCUCGUGAGAAGCGUCACAGCCGCAACAUGGAGGUGCAGGUCACACAGGAGAUGCGCAACGUCAGCAUAGGGAUGGGCAGCAGUGACGAGUGGUCUGACGUCCAGGACAUCAUAGACUCCACCCCGGAGCUUGAUGUGUGUCAGGAGCCACGCCUGGACCGCACUGGCAACAGCCCCACCCAGGGUAUUGUGAACAAGGCUUUCGGCAUCAACACUGACUCCCUGUACCACGAGCUGUCAACCGCCGGGUCAGAGGUCAUCGGGGACGUGGACGAGGGGGCUGACCUGCUAGGGGAGUUCUCAGUGCGCGAUGAUUUUUUUGGAAUGGGCAAGGAGGUGGGCAACUUGCUGCUGGAGAACUCACAGCUGCUGGAGACCAAGAACGCUCUGAACGUGGUGAAGAACGACCUGAUCGCCAAGGUCGACCAGCUGUCGGGGGAGCAGGAGGUGCUGAGAGGGGAGCUGGAGGCUGCCAAGCAGGCCAAGACCAAGCUGGAGACCCGGAUCAAGGAGUUGGAGGAGGAGCUGCGGAGAGUGAAGUCUGAGGCCAUCACUGCCCGGCGUGAGCCCCGGGAGGAGGUGGAGGAUGCAAGCAGCUGUCUCUGUACAGAACUGGACAACAUCCCCAUGGCCCAGCGGCGCCGCUUCACACGUGUGGAGAUGGCACGCGUGCUCAUGGAGCGGAACCAGUACAAGGAGCGUCUGAUGGAGCUUCAGGAGGCCGUGCGGUGGACAGAGAUGAUCAGAGCUUCCCGAGAGCAUCCGUCCGUCCAGGAGAAGAAGAAGUCCACCAUCUGGCAGUUCUUCAGCAGGCUCUUCAGCUCCUCCUCCAGCCCCCCACCAGCCAAGCGCGCCUAUCCCUCAGUGAACAUCCACUACAAGUCACCCACCGCCGCCGGCUUCAGCCAGCGCCGCGGCCACACUGUCUGCCAGAUGUCGGCCGGCAGCCGCCCGCUGGAGUUCUUCCCUGACGACGACUGCACGUCGUCGGCACGGCGGGAGCAGAAGCGUGAGCAGUACCGCCAGGUGCGCGAGCACGUGCGCAAUGACGACGGGCGGCUGCAGGCCUGCGGCUGGAGUCUGCCGGCCAAGUACAAGCAGCUGAGCCCCAACGGGGGCCAGGAGGACACGCGCAUGAAGAACGUGCCGGUGCCUGUGUACUGCCGCCCCUUGGUGGAGAAGGACCCCACCAUGAAGCUGUGGUGUGCUGCGGGCGUCAAUCUGUGCGGGUGGAGGCCGAGUGACGAGGACCCUGGGAACGGGACCAAGCCAGUGCCUGGUCGCGACCCCCUGACCUGCGACCGGGAGGCAGAAGGGGAAGUGUCCAGCAGCCACUCGUCCCCGGAGAAGAAGAAGGCAAAGGAGCUGCACGAGAUGGACGCCACCUCCAGCCGGGUCUGGAUACUCACCAGCACACUGACCACUAGCAAGGUGGUGAUCAUCGAUGCCAACCAGCCAGGCACCGUGGUGGACCAGUUUACCGUCUGCAAUGCCCACGUCCUGUGUAUCUCCAGCAUCCCCGCGGCCAGUGACAACGACUACCCGCCAGGGGAGAUCUUCCUGGACAGCGACAUGAACCCCGAGGAGCCUGGCGCCGACGGGGUGCUGGCCGGCAUCACGCUGGUGGGCUGUGCCACUCGCUGCAACGUCCCCCGCAGCAACUGCUCCUCCCGGGGGGACACCCCGGUGCUGGACAAGGGGCAGGGGGAGGUGGCUGCCGUCGGCAACGGGCAGGUCAACCCAGCUCAAUCCACGGAGGAGGCCACGGAAGCCACGGAGGCACCCGAGCCUGGGCCCAGCGAGCCCGAGGCAGCUGCAGUGCGGACUGGACCCCUCACAGAACACGUCUUUACCGACCCAGCCCCCGUGCCGCCCCCCAGUACUCGGCCUGGCAGUGAGAAUGGGCCCGAGGCCGAGGCCAGCGGCACACAGCCAGAGCCGGAGCCCAGCGCAGGCCACACCGGGGCCAGCAGCAGCGCCGCGCCCACCAUGUGGCUGGGAGCCCAGAACGGCUGGCUGUACGUGCACUCGGCGGUGGCCAACUGGAAGAAGUGCCUGCACUCCAUCAAGCUGAAGGACUCCGUCCUGAGCCUGGUGCAUGUGAAAGGUCGUGUACUGGUGGCCCUGGCUGAUGGGACUCUGGCCAUCUUCCACCGGGGCGAAGACGGUCAGUGGGAUCUGAGCAACUACCAUCUGAUGGACCUGGGCCACCCGCACCACUCCAUCCGCUGCAUGGCCGUCGUGUAUGACCGCGUCUGGUGCGGCUACAAGAACAAGGUGCACGUCAUCCAGCCCAAGACCAUGCAGAUCGAGAAGUCAUUCGACGCCCACCCACGGAGGGAGAGCCAGGUGCGGCAGCUGGCGUGGAUCGGUGACGGGGUGUGGGUGUCCAUCCGCCUGGACUCCACCCUGCGGUUGUACCAUGCCCACACCCACCAGCACCUGCAGGAUGUGGACAUCGAGCCCUAUGUCAGCAAGAUGCUGGGCACGGGCAAGCUGGGCUUCUCCUUCGUGCGCAUCACCGCCCUGCUCGUCGCCGGCAGCCGCCUCUGGGUGGGCACUGGCAACGGCGUGGUCAUCUCUAUCCCGCUGACCGAGACCGUGGUCCUGCACCGAGGCCAGCUCCUGGGGCUCCGAGCUAACAAGACAUCCCCCACGUCUGGGGAGGGUGCCCGCCCGGGGGGCGUCAUCCACGUGUAUGGCGAUGACAGCAGUGACAAGUCGGCCGGCAGCUUCAUCCCCUACUGCUCCAUGGCCCAGGCCCAGCUCUGCUUCCACGGGCACCGCGAUGCUGUCAAGUUCUUCGUAUCGGUGCCAGGGAACGUGUUGGCCACCCUCAACGGCAGCGUGCUCGACAGCCCGUCCGAGGGCCCCGGGGCUCCUGCCGCCACCACAGACGCGGCCGAGGGCCAGAAGCUGAAGAACGUGCUGGUGCUGAGCGGGGGAGAAGGCUACAUCGACUUCCGCAUCGGUGAGCAGGCCAAGCGGAGCCGGACGGGGCUGGAGGGCCGCAGGCAGGGGCCGCUGCUCAUGUGCCCUCUUCGCAGGCGAUGGUGAGGAUGACGAGACCGAGGAAGG